CCACGUACACCAACGCUGUUCGCUCGUUAGCUCAGCAGUCCGUCAUUCAGGUAGCAGCAGCGGGCUCACACCAGGGGGACGCGCCGGCUCGGCGAACAAGAGCUUUCGGAGGACUUGGCAGCGCCGCGACGAAAAUGGCUGGCCAGCAGUUCCAGUACGAUGACAGCGGCAACACGUUUUUCUAUUUCCUCACCUCUUUCGUGGGACUCAUUGUCAUCCCGGCCACCUAUUACCUCUGGCCCCGGGAUCAGAAUGCUGAACAAUUGCGUCUGAAGAGUCUCCGGAGGGUCCAUGGCAGGUGCCUGUGGUACCGUCUCAGGCUGAUGAAGUCCCAGCAGAGCAUCAUCCCCACCUUAAAGAAAGCUGCCUUGUUGUUUGGCUGGGUUGUCUUCCUGCUACUGGCGUACAAGGUGUCCAAGCUGGACAGGGAAUACCAGGAGUAUAAUCCUUAUGAAGUUCUCAACCUGGACCCGGGAUCAUCGCUGUCUGAAAUCAAGAAGCGAUACCACGUGUUGUCACUCAAAUACCAUCCAGACAGACGCGGCGACGAGGGCACCUUUAUGAGAAUCGCCAAAGCUUAUGCUGCUCUCACUAAUGAACAAUCCCGUAAAAACUGGGAAAUGUACGGCAACCCGGAUGGCCCAGGAGCGACCAGCUUUGGCAUCGCCUUGCCAGCCUGGAUUGUGGACCAGAAGAACUCAAUGCUGGUGUUGUUGGUAUACGGUCUAGCCUUCAUGGUCAUCCUCCCAGUUGUUGUGGGUACAUGGUGGUACCGCUCCAUCCGAUACAGCGGAGACCAGAUCCUCAUCAACACCACCCAGCUCUUCAUGCACUUCAUGUACAAGACGCCCAACAUGAACAUGAAGCGGUUAGUGAUGGUGCUAACGGCAGCGUUUGAGUUUGAUCCUCGCAGCAAUAAAGAAGCCACCAUAAGACCCACAGACAACAUUGAAGUCCCACAGUUGAUCCGAGAGCUUGGAAACAUCAAUGUGAAGAAAAAAGAGCCUCCCUUCUGCUACCCCUACAGUCUGAAGGCCAGAGUUUUAGUGCUCUCUCACCUGGCACGAAUGGACGUGUCUGAUGAGUUGGAGGAAGAUCAGAGGUUUGUGGUGAGAAAGAGUCCUGCUCUCCUGCAGGAGAUGAUUAAUGUGGGCUGUCAGCUGACCAUGAUGGCCAACAGCAGAGGAGGUUUCCACGCUCCUCGUCUGGUCACCAUCGAGAACUGCAUGAAGCUGACGCAGAUGAUUGUGCAGGGCCUGCAGGAGUCCAAGUCGCCUCUGCUGCAGCUGCCGCACUUUGAGGAGGAGCAUCUGCGCUACUGCAUCUCCAAAAAGUACAAAGUUCGGAGCCUGCAGGACCUGGUGAGUCUCAAAGACUCCGACAGACGUAUCAUGCUGCGCUUCCUGGGGGAGGAAAAGUAUGACGAGGUCCUGGCCGUGCUGGGCAGCUUCCCUCACAUCACCAUGGAUACCAAAUUACAAGUGCUCGAUGACGAAGACAGCAGUAACAUCACAGCGGGCUCCAUCGUCACGGUUACAGUCACCUUAACCAGAAAAAAGAUGGCGGAGAUGUUUGAGAAAGAGCAGGAGUCAACACCGUGUCCAGGAGAGGACACCACACCUGCAGAAGAAGCACAGGGAGACUUGAAUAAAGCCAAAACAAAAGUAUGGCAGAACAAGAAUAAAAGCACCAAAAAGUCCAAGAAGAAGAAGUUAACCAAGAAGAAGGCCACACCGGCACUGACAAAAAGCAAGCAGGCCAACGGCAGCGUGGCAAACGAUGUGGUGUCUACUACGACGACGACGAAGGAAGAUGAUGAGGAGGUCUCGGACAAAGGGAGCGAGUCGGACGAGGGCGAGACCAACAAAGACUCCCCCAGCGAGCGGGACGAGGACAGUGACAAGCAGAGCGACACUGAGGUGGAUGAGAUGGGCGGCGACGACGAGGAGGAGUGGGAGGCACUGCAGCAAAGCAUCCAGAGGCGAGAGCGCGCCCUGCUAGAGACCAAGUCCAAGGUGACGCACUCCGCCUACAGCCUCUACUAUGCUGAGGAGAAGCAGGAGUGGUGGUGGCUCUACAUCGCCGACCGCAGAGACCAGACGCUGGUGUCCAUGCCCUACCACGUCUGUACGCUCAAAGACACAGAGGAGGUGGAGCUCAAGUUUCCGGCACCUUCCAAAACAGGAAACUACCAAUACUCUGUAAUCCUGCGCUCUGAUUCCUACCUGGGACUGGACCAGAUCAAACCGCUUAAGCUGGAGGUGCACGAGGCCAAGGCCAUGUUGGACAACCAUCCCCAGUGGGACAUCCCUGACACAGAAGAGGAGGACGAGGAGCAGGAAGACAGUGACGGCAUCGAAGAGAGCGAUGAUGACGACGACGAUGAUGAUAACGACUGAACACACACACACACAAACACACUAACAGCGACACACUUUCUCACACACCACCGCGCACCUCCUUAGACACGCCCAUCUCAGACAGACCACCUCCUACAUCCUCCUACAACACACACUCACUGACAAAGACUCAGCUGGGACAUUUGCUCGCCUCUUUUUUACUCUGACAUUUACACCCGCGUGUGUGUGUGUGUGUGUGAAGAGUAUUUCUAAUAACCUUGUAAGAGUUUGUACAGGUGUGACAGUUGGUGUGGACUGGACACGACCACAUGUCAGCUUAUAUGUGCAACAACAACACAACAAGCUGUGUUCCUUUUGCCUCAAGUUGUCACAAUCACCCGACAACAAUUAAUGAUACUUUCUAUGUACGCUUUCAAGCUGCACACCCUAUUAGCCACGUCCAGAGUGGCUGCACACCACUUCAGCAACUUAGCAAGUGAGCACUAUCACCUCCUGUUUUCUUGUAGCACAUUCCAGUGUGUGGUCAUGUGGUCCUGGUCCACAGAAACCUUACUUUAUAAGCCAACAACGUCCACUUGGGUGCCAUGCAUCCACCAUUCUUUCUGCUGGCAGUAUUGCUUCUUUUGUGUGCGCGUCUGGACCUCUGGUGUCCCCCUGUGGGUCAAAGUCACUGCUUGCAGUGUGCAGUUGAUUGAACAUUAAAGUUAGUUUUUUUUGUGCUGGAAAUACACUUCCUUCUCUGUUCAUAAUACAAAACGCCAAGUGUUAAUUUGACCUUUUUUUGGUGGUUUAAACAGCUUCACUCGUGUUCCAUUGAGGCUUUAUGCUAGCAGGCGACCGUAGUGUGUGUGUAUACAGUAAGGCUGCACAACAGAAUGUAGCAUCAACGAUUUUUGACGCCGUGUGGACAAAAAGUUCAGUGAGGUUCAAAAAAAGACCAUGAAGACUCUCACUAUACUGACAGACCCUAAAAGUACUCGACUAUCUUCUAUCUGCCACUCUUGUUUACAAAGAACUGUCAUUGUAAAUGAAAAAAAUAUAUUAUUUGUAUUUAAAAUCAUUUCAAAUAAAAUCUUUUAAAUGAUGACAA